GUUAAACUCCUUUCACUAACCACGGCUUCUAGUUAGACUCUUUCACUAAACGCGGCUACUAGUUAGACGUAUUCGCUAACCACGACUACUAGUUAGACUCGUUGACUAACCACGGCUACUAGUUAGACUCGUUGACUAACCACGGCUACUAGCGAGCGUCGUGCGUCGAGCCUCCCGCUGUUGUGGAAGGCCAGCGUUGGCGGGAGUUAUCUGGCGGGAGUUGUCUCUUCGUUUCGCUUUCAAGCUUUGAUGCUAGCUGGCUAGUUAGCGGCUGACGUGUAUUUCCUUUGUGGCGCGCGCCCAUCUCAGCCCCGUCAGCCCGCCAGGAGGCCUCGGGGGCGUCAUCGGUUCCUGCAGCCAUGGCUUCGUCCUCCGGUAACGACGACGACCUGACCAUCCCGCGCGCCGCCAUCAACAAGAUGAUCAAGGAGACGCUGCCCAACGUGCGCGUGGCCAACGACGCGCGCGAGCUGGUGGUCAACUGCUGCACGGAGUUCAUCCACCUCAUCUCCUCCGAGGCCAACGACAUCUGCAACAAGUCGGACAAGAAGACCAUCUCGCCGGAGCACGUCAUUAACGCUCUGGAGAGUCUGGGCUUUGCCUCCUACAUCACGGAGGUGAAGGACGUCCUGCAGGAGUGUAAGACCGUGGCCCUCAAGAGGAGGAAGGCCAGCUCCCGUCUGGAGAACCUGGGGAUACCCGAGGAGGAGCUUCUGAGGCAGCAGCAGGAGCUCUUUGCCAAGGCCCGGCAGCAGCAGGCAGAACUGGCCCAGCAGGAGUGGCUGCAGAUGCAGCAGGCGGCCCAGCAGGCCCAGAUGGCGGCGGCGUCUGCCAGCGCCGCCCAACAGGCGGGUUCCUCUCAGGACGAAGAAGACGAGGACGACAUGUGAUCCCCAGCAGACCGCGCCCCCCCGCUCCCGUGUUGGGACGGCGGUGUCAGAACCGACACCAGGCAGAGUCCGCGUCACGCCGACGUGGACGGACGGUGCUAGCAAACACGGGGGCGGGGCUGGAGGCGGGGCUCCGUGAUGGCCGCACGCUCAGACAUAGAACUUCAUUUGGAUCAAGAGACUUUGAAGAUAAAUUCUAUGUGACUUUUCUUAAGUUGUUUGGACCCAAUGAGACUGGUUCUUGUCUUCUUUUCUUUGUUUUCUUUUGUGUAGGCUUUUUGUUUGUGGCAGUAUUACUGAUCCACUUCACCUUCCGGAACUGGACUCGUACAACCAAAGAUGGAAGCAAGUCAAGUGGGUGAGAGUGGACGAAGGUGUAAGAUAGACAUGGUGACUAUGGUUCUGAGCCGCUUCACUUGUCCAUUCCACAACCUUCUUUCAGCAAUAAACUACUUUUCCUUUCUUUUUACA